AUGCCGAAACACGAGCCUUGUACGCCAAAGGCGAUCGCCAAUCGUCUAAAGGCGAAAGGAUUGCAAAAGCUAAGAUGGUACUGUCAAAUGUGUGAGAAACAAUGUCGGGAUCAGAACGGAUUCAAGUGUCAUUUGACUUCGGAAUCGCACCAGCGGCAGCUACUGUUAUUCUCGGAAAACUCGGGCCGUUUUAUGAAUGAGUUCAGUACCGAAUUUCAGAAGGGAUUUUUGGACAUUCUUCGACGUCAAUUCGGCACAAAACGAGUGAAGGCUAAUAUGGUCUAUCAGGAAUAUAUCAAGGAUCGGCAUCACGUCCACAUGAACUCUACCAGUUGGUACACGUUGACCGGCUUUGUGAACUUCCUCGGUCGAACGGGUAUCUGCAAGGUCGACAAAACUGAGAAAGGUUGGUUCAUUCAGUAUAUCGACCGCGAAGCUGACGAACGCCGAGAGAAGCUAGCCAAAAAGGCGAAGAUGGACAAGGAUGACGACGAGUUGAUGCAGGAACUGGCGAUGAAGCAGGCCGAGGUAGCGAAGCAGAAGCUUGGCACAGAGAAGCUAAAACAGCAGGUCAACGCAUUCACCGAGUUACACAAGGCUGAAGAUCAGAAGGUGGAAUUUAAAUUGCCGAAAUUUGCCGACGUAAAGCCGAAAGUAUCCCUUUUGCUGAGCGGUUUGCCGGACAAGGGGUUGAAAGACGACGAAGUGGAAAUUGUAUCAAAAAAUUCGACCACCGAUCUUUCAUCAGUCGAAACAAAGACCAAAACAAGGCCUAAAUCUGCAGGGAAGGUGUAUUCAUCGGCACUCGAAGAAAUUAUAGAGAUGGAAGAGAGGCGAAAAGAUAGGCUGAACCGCAAGGACUACUGGCUGCACACCGGAAUCGUGGUGAAGGUAAUUGACGGCGACCUGAACUUUAGAGGCAGGAAAGGAGUCGUCGAUAGUCUCGAUGAUGAGUACACCGCAAAGGUAAAGUUACUCGACGAUACCGGUGACAUCAUCACCGUCCACCAGUCGCAUCUGGAAACAGUUAUUCCCGCUUUGGGAAAAACCAUAUUGGUGGUGAACGGUGCUUAUCGCGGUUUGAAGGCAACCCUCCUUGCUUUGGACGAAGACAAUUUCUGUGUUUCCGUACAGAUUGCUGAAGGCCCAACAAAAGACCGCGUUGUAAAGGGUGUACAAUACGAAGAUAUAUGUAAAUUGUAUCAGUCAUGUAUUUAA